AAUGAUUUUCCAACGUGGCUUGGUUUGUUCAUAUUUUAAGUGAGGCGUUUAGGGACUUUCAGUCGUCUGAUCAAAAUGGGCACCGUACAGUCAGGGAGGAAUGCAGAGGACUGCAUGCGGUGCAUUUUAAAGGCUGCGUUUCUGCAGGGAGGUGCGUUUCAUGCACAUGACAAGUGUGAACUUCCCAAUGCGGCCAUCAUACACGCGUGCAUACGAUACGGUAGUCUGCAAAUGCUGUUAUAGGUCAGUUAAAAUCCGUUAUGGAGCACGUGCUGGAGUUCGCCGUCUGUGAGCUGUCUAAAAUCGUGGAAGACAGCUUUGACGACCUGCUCUCGGAGUUCACCAAGAAGGAGCGGGAAAACCAGAUAUUAAAAGAGCAGUUGCAGGACAAGAGCGCGGCGGAGGACGGUAGUGUGCUUGCUGUGGAAACGGAAGAGCGCCACUGUGAGUCUGUCUCUCCUAGCAGCUCCAAAGCGGAGAAGCAAGAGUCGAAAGGCGUGCAGGACCAAACGCACAAAAAAGAGAGGGAAAAGGAAAAAAAUGAAACCACAAAUGAACCAGAUAAGCAGACUGUCAUUGCAGUGGCUCAGGACUGGGUGCCCAUCCUGGACAAAGUCUUUGGGCAGAAGUGGUGCAGUGACCUCUGGCAGAUCAAAGAGGUCACCAGCAGUAAAGAGGAGCGCACCGGGCUGAGCUCGGGCUCGGUGACCGACAUGGACAGCUUAAUUCGAGAGACGCUCAUGCCGUCUUGCCUGGCCACUCAGAGGAAGCUGGAGCUCGAGGUGGGCCAGCCGCCCUGGUUGCCACUCGACGAUAUGGAGGUGGUUUCUCUCACCUCUGAGGCUCAAAGCGUUCCUGUUAUCAGCUCCUCAGGUGACGACUCUCAAAUCAGAUCCCCUUCUAUGUUGCAAAGACUCCUGACACUUCCUUCGCAGCUUCUCGAGGAUGACGAUGAGUCCAUGGAUGCCGUUCCCAGCGUGGAAGUGUCCACAGAACCGGGUGAUUCGUGCAGCCCGGUAAGGGCUCAAAGAGUGAGCAGAUGA